AUGUGGGAAAAUUUGGCUCUCAUUCUGGGUAAAGUCAGAGGUGUUAAUCAGAUGGGACAAUUACUAGGUCGAUCAAAUGGUGGGACGGGGUCCAGUGAUGUUGAUAUGAUUGCUGAUUCUACACGGGCUACUCCUUCACGUAAACGUAAAGCAACCGGUGAUAGUCAGAUGGAAACGCGGAAGAAGAAAAUCAGCAAAUUGGAUACUGCGAAAUAUAUCCAUAAACGAUUGUUUGUUGAUGGUGCCAAAUCGGAUAUAACAAUUUGUGCAUUGGGGCGAACAUGGAAUCUUCACAGACUUUAUUUGGAGCAGUGCAAAUUUUUCGAUAGCUUGUUCAGAGGACACUGGAAAGAUAGUAAUAAUGCAGUGAUACAGAUUGAUAUAGUUGAUCCGAAUGUCACGGUCGAAGGAUUUAAUAUGGUUUUGGAAUCACUGUAUCACAAUGAACUUGAACUCGAUUUAGAGAAUGUUCCAAGUCUUAUCGCAUCAGCUUCAAUGCUUAGCCUGGAUAGUGUUAUGGAGCGUUGUGAGGAGUUAUGUGCUGAAUCACUUAAUGAUGAACGAGUGCUUGAGUUCUAUAUGCUUGCCGAACAAUACGGUCUUCCGGAUUUGUCCGAAAAGUGUUUCAAUCACGGAACGAUGGCAAAGUUGAUGGCUGCAUCAGAUUUGCUGGUCAUUGAAGGAGAACUUGAUCUGUAUGAAACAAUCAAAAAGUGGAUUUUCUUGCAAACAGUUCCUUAUGUUAUGGAAAAUAAAGAAAUACGUACUGAGAUGACGAAAUAUUAUUCUUCACUAACGGAUGAUGACGGGGAUGCGUUGUGUCGUACCUUUGCGGACAUAACUUGUAAUAUCCGUAUCGGGCACAUUGUUUCAUCGGUAAAAACGAUCGGCGAUUUGCGAAAAGAUCCACUUAUUCCAAAUGAAAUUAUUGAUCAAGUGCUUGCUGACAACUGGUUUUUGCUUUUAUGUAAUGAAGAAACGAAAGAGCAAAUCGAAGUUAAAGAUGAAGAUUUUCACCUUAAUGCUCAUCGAUUAGGACGGUUGCUUGACUCAUCUCCAAAAUGUUGGCGAUGGUCUGGUUUCAAUUUUGGUGUAGAUCUGCUAUUGAAUUACAGUGAUGGGGUGAUAACUUUGAAGAGGAACUGUUUGUCGCAGUGGACACCUUAUUCGACCAAUUUGAAAUUUGAUAUAUUGCUGCAUUAUCGAAUGAUUGUUGGAAACAAGCAUGGGAAAUUCCUAUACGAUUCGGCCAUACGUAGUCGUUCUUUGCGGAUCGAUCAGACUGUUAUUAUCGCACGCUUCUUACCAGUUGCAGAAGAAUUUCCAGUUGCAGUGCACUUUUUUUAUUUGGCAACAUUACCUUCAAAGCCUGUUUUGAGCUAUUGGGAACCGUACUUGAGGAAAUCUGGUAAUUUUUUAAGCUUAAAAAAUAUUGAAGUUUUUGAGAAUUUUAAUUCUGUAUUCUUAGCUACACCAGGUUUGUAA